GCUCAAAUCCCAGUUACUUAUAAGGCCAUCCCGUCAGCCUGCAAGACAAAAUCCAGGAGCUUCGGUUGCCACCCUGGCACCCAUUAAUUUUGGUUCCUUUCUCAGAGCACCCUGGAAUCUUGUAUCUCUGCACCCUUGUCUCAUUCUGCAUUAUCUAGGAGGCGCUAAUACCCACUCCCAAAAACUUUCCUCAGACCAACUAACCAUUGCCUCUCUCCCAGAGAACCUGUCUCCCCAAAACAUAGGUAUAAUCAAGAGACGCGGGUUGCAUCUUCCUCGCAUCAUGUCCUCGCUCCUUUUCCUGGCACUGCUGGCGGUUCUCUGGUUCUCACAAGGCUCUGGACAAGUGGGAGGUGAGUCCCCACAGUUGCUUCACCCCUUUUCUGCUUUCAGUCCCUCUACCUGACUUUUCACCUCCCCUUCCUCAUAUUCCUUGUUCAGUUGUCCCUUACAAGCUGCUAUAUUAGGAACGUUGGUAGGUGUCAUAUACCAGGUCAGGCUAUUUAUCCAUCUAGUCCUCUGUUGUCUGACAGGCAGGAGCUCUCCAGAGUCUGUCCCAGGCAGAAAGAGGUCUUUCCCAUCAGCUCCUAGCUGAUCCUUUUAACUGGAGAUGACAGGGGUUUAACCUGGGACGUCCAGCACAUUAAGCAGUGAGCAAUGCUGGGCCGGCUCUACCAUUAGGAAGUGUGAGGCAGUCAUGAUUUGGGAUAUCAUGAAAGGGCAACAGAAUUGUGUAAUUAGUUUUUAUAUUUGGCAAACUGCUUGGGAGACUUAUUUUUCAUUAGGGAUUAUAUAAAUUAAUAAAUAAUGAGGAUUUAAAAUAACAACAGCGAUUUAGAUUAUUAUUGUGAUUUUUUUCCCCCAUUUCCUGGGAGAGGCGUGUGCGAGAGAUUUUCUGCCUCAUGUGCCAAAGCAAUCCUUGGGAACUACUAUGUGCCUUCACUUUGGCAGGGCAGGUGUGUUAUGUGCCAUCUGCCGCUCCUUCUCAGGCAUCAAAAUGUCUUGGGCCAGUUCCGCUCCACCUUCCAGCCACUAACGAAACUCAAAGCUCUUGACUUGCUGAGGGAGGGACAAGGGAAGGCAGCAUUUGCUAUUCUACCUCAGGGAGAAAAAUGUCUUGGACCGGCUCUAGACCUGUGCUCAAUCUCUACACAUUGUGGAAAAAUUGUACAGUGGUACCUCAGGUUAAGAACUUAAUUCGUUCUGGAGAUCCGUUCUUAACCUGAAACUGUUCUUAAACUGAGGUACCACUUUAGCUAAUGGGGCCUCCCGCUGCCGCCGUGCCGCUGGAGCACAAUUUCUGUUCUCAUCCUGAAGCAAAGUUCUUAACCUGAGGUACUAUUUCUGGGUUAGCAGAGUCUGUAACCUGAAGUGUCUGUAACCUGGAGCAUAUGUAACCCGAGGUACCAUUGUAUUUGUUUUCUGCCCAUUUGCAACUCGAGCUACCAUCUUAUAUAAAUCCAGGCUGCUGGGCACAAGCAAGCCAAACAUAGUUACAGCAACAAUUUUUGUUAGGCCCAUCAGUGAAAUGACAUAUCCUGGCAUCAGCUGCAAUGUUGCAGGGGGUCCUGGAGUAUUCUGGGGCUCUGACUGUAGUGCUCAGCCACUUGGAGCAGAAAACCCCCAGCUGUACCAGCUGUGCGCCUCAAAGAGGACACACAGGAGGAGAGAAUAAUAUACUCUCCCCUGCCCCCAAAGAUGAGUAGGUUGGAAGGGCCAUAAGCUCAGUGGUAGAGCAGCUGCUUUGCAGGCAGACAGUUCCAGGUUCAAUUUCUGCAUCUCUGGGUAAGGCUAGGAGAGAAAGCAGUCUGAAAUCCUGGAGACUUGCUACCAGUCAGUGCAGACAGUGUUGAACUAGAUGAACCAUGGUCUGACCUGGGAUAAGACAGAUUCCCAUGUUCAUCUAGAGGGUGACUUUAUUAUCUGUUCAUUUUCUCUCACCCCUUUGUACUUUUCCCUAAAGCAUUUUUUACUAAAGGCUCAGGGUGCCAGAUUUUUCUGAUCUCGUUCUGUGUUUGGAGAGGAUCAUAGGAUACAAGCAGCCCAAAGUAUAAAGCACCACUUUGUGGGAAAACUGUAGAGCCACAGAGUUGUAGAAUUUAUAUAUCCUCAACUAUCCGUUGGCUUUUGACACAUACUUUAAGACACCAGGGCUCUUAACCUUCUCAGACCUGUCCUGCGUCCAAAUAGUUUUCCAUUUACCUAACAUGCUGUACCCUCAUAAAGACACUUGCGUAUAUUUAGAUUUCUAGGCUCUCUCGUCUUAAAACUGAGGAUGUAUAACCAGAAUCCCUUCCCUCGCAGUCACUUUCAACACAUUUUAUAGAAAGAAAAUUGAAGCAAAAGCCAAGCCUACAAAGAGAGAGACUGGAAUUGGGCUGAGCUACGAUAGGAAUCUAGUUAGCUUACUCUGAGCCCCUUACUCAUAAGAACUUAAAAAGAACCUGCUGAAUCAGGCCAGUGGCCCAUUUAGUUCAGCAUCCUGUUCUCACAGUGGCCAACCAGAUACCUUAUUCUCUGCCUACUGUGUAAGAUUGCCAGGUAGGGCUUCUUUCUUUCUGCUGUUUUCCUAACUUCCAUUCACUUUUCUUCUCCCUAUUCCCACACAUAUUCUCUCUCUCUCUCUCCAUCCUGUGUACAGUUUCUAAAAUGGGAAGUAUCAAGGUUUUAUGCCUAAUUUUAUCUCUGUCUAUUAUUAAAUCAAUGUAUCUAUCCAUCUACUCAUGGUGCAAAUUGUCAAAAAAAAAAUUUAAAAUGCACACAGUUGUUACUAAUGUGUUGCCGAGGAUUAAUGGGUUUGAGAAAGAUCCAGACAUCUUUCUUUUAAGCUCACGCUUCUAUUUCAAGGAUAUCACAUUUCCCCUGCAAUUAAAACCAUAUAUAUAUAUAUCCUAUCAAUCCCAGAAAAUAGGUUUCCUGUCCCUCCCCCACAAGUUAGUUCUUGAAUUUAGAGGGCUAUGUGAAGUAACGUGACUGCAGAAUGGAUGUAGCACUAUUGCAAUUUAGCUGUGGGCUUAUACAAAGCAAGCAAGGCAACUGAGGCUCACUUUGCAGAUCAUCAGGGUAAUCACAUUGACUGCUACAUAGCUAGGUCCUUACCUGCACAAAUAAACCAUCCUCAUGACAGACUGCAUAAGUCAUGUUAUUAAAUGUAAGCUGUUUAAUAAUAGUAUCUUUUUAUAUACUUGAUUGAUUUUUCAAUAUAAUGUGCAUUUUAUUUUAAUUUUGUUAGCUUACAGGACCAUUAAAAUUUGUACCUCGGUGCAAUAUAAUUUGGGAACUGAGUUUACAAGCUGAUGUUAGAGCUACAACAUCCAAUCUAAUUCUUGUACUUUUCCUUGUACUUUCCCUUUGUCCCUUUGACUCCUGUUUUGUGUAACACUUUGCCUGUUGCAGAGCUCUGGAGAAUGUAAAAGCUUGCCAUUAUUUUUUAAUUUGGUUGGUCCUAAUAAAAGUGGAUCUUUGGGGUGUGUGUUUUUUCCAAAAUCCAGCUUUUGGAGGUUUUUUUCAUUUCUGGGUCAGCUAUAAUUAGGCGUGUUACCUUUGGAUAUAUUGCUACUCACAUGGCACCUUCGAGUGUUGCGGUCUAAACAUUAAAAUAAUAUUUUUUUUAAUAGAAAAAACACGUAUGGAAAUAAACAGGUAGACAGCAUUUCUUGUAUAAGGCAGCUUUUCAAGCCAAGUAUAUGUUUCUCCACCUGGUGGCCAUUGCCAGCAUCACAACUUUUCUCAUUCAAGUUUGGAAAAGAAGGAAAUGUUCAUUUUGCUUAAGAUACAAAGCUCUAAAUAUCCCUCUUUUUAACCCUCAUGCCCUUCCAUACAGAAUAUAUUUAAGCCAAAGUCUCAAGAUCUCUUCAAAUGAGUGUUACUUCCCAUUAACACCCUACCAACUGCUGUCAUGCUCACAUUUAGUUUUGCAGGAAUUAGCAGGUGAUAUUAUUAUCUCCAUAGCGUGGAAAGUUCCACUGGCUGAUUUCACUGGCACAUGCAAAAAGGCUGUUAAAACUAUGGGAACAGCAUGCCAAAGAAGUUUCUUUCUGGUCCAUUUGUAACCCUUCCCGUAAUCAGGAUCAGUGAUUUUGACAUUCGCAUAUGUAGAAUUUCAGCCCCACAUUUGAGACUGCAAGUACACAGUCAAGGCUCAUGUCUAUUUUUUAAAAAAUACGGUAGCCUAGCAGACAGGGAACACAACUCUGGGACUUUUGUUCAGGCCACCAGUGAUUCUGUCAUCUGUAAGAGAACCAGGGUAACUGAUGGACCCAACUUGCUUUGGAAAGUGAAUGAUGUGAUAAUGAGAGUUUUAGAGGGAGUACAACCCUGACCGGAACAUGUCGUCUACCUUGGACUGGGAAACUACAGCCGGUGGAACUACAGCCCAUUAGAGUGAAUGGGGCACUGCCCAACCCGUUGCCUUUGGCCAGCCCCCAUGUGUCUGCCUUCCAAGGGGGUGGCACCGGCUGCCAGCCUCCUCCUCCUGCUGCUGCUGCGAAUCAUUAGGAAAGGAACUAAAAGUGCCAAUAUUAUAAAGUGGUUACACAAAUCCAUGGGGCAAUCCUAUUUGGAAUGCUGUGUACAGUUCUGGUUGCCUUACCUCAAAAAGGAUAUUGUAGAGUUGGAAGAAGUUAAGGAAAGCGCAACCAAAAUAAUCAAGGGAUGGAACAACUCCCUGAUGCGGGAAGGUUGCAGCAUUUGGGGCUUUUCAGUUUAGAGAAGAGGCGAAUAAAAGGCUAGAAGUUUACGAAAUUACACAUGGCAUGGAGAACGUGGAUAGAGAAGGGGCGGGAAAUCCUUCUGCCAUAUCACUAGAACUCAUGGACAUCCAAUGAAACUGAAUUUUGGAGGAUUCAGGACAGGCAAAAGAACGUACUUCCUCACACAGUACAGACAUAGUAAAACUACAGAAUUUGCCUCCACACGAGGCAGUGAUAGCCGCCAACUUGGAUGGCUUUAAAAGAGGAUUAGACAAGUCCGCUGAGGUAGAGGCUUUCCAUGGCUACAAGCCACAAAGUCCACACUCUGCCUCCCCAGUCAGAGGCAGUACGCUUCUGAAUACCAGUUGGUGGCAGCCACAGGAGGGAGAGGGGCCUUGCUCUCAGGCUUCCCAAAGGCAUCUGGGAGCCUGUGUCUCUCACUUCUCUCCCACCUCAGUGGAUAUUCCCUGCUGUCAGCCUUUCUCUUCACUGAGCAGCCCCCAAAUAUCUUUCCCCAAAUCUCCAGAUGUUAUUCUGUUUUUAUGUGCUCAUCGUGAUUCAUUCUGGUUGGAGCCGGUGGGGUUAGCACAACACGCUGGGGGUUUUUUUGGGGGGGGGGGGGGUUAUGUUCUAUUGUACAUCACUUAAAUAUUGGUUUAAUAAUAAGCAGUUUUUAAAUGGUUUUGAAUUUUUAAAAAUAAUAAAAACAAAAGAUUUGGCCUUUUUUUUAAAAAAAGCUAGAUUCAUAUUCUAACAGGUAACCCAAUUGUUGUUGAUUGCGGUCAACAGAUUCUACAGAUAAUAAUUCUUAUUCUGUUACAAUUCGGUUGGGGGGGUGAAGGUUCUGCGUGGUUUUUUGAGUUCAGAUUUAGGUUCAGUCUGACAUCCUGCUUGUACACAAACCUAAGCAAACAAGCACACGGCAGGAGUCAGAGACAUUGUGAGAGUAAUGAGGCACAGCUUAAAAAUUAGGUUCAGCUGAGGGACAUUUGAGAAGCUCGCUAGCAGGAAAUGAGCCACGAUGCCGAAAUUAUCUCAUUCACCACAGGGAAAAGCAGGACCAGGCCUACCAUGAGACAGCCCACUCAGAUGGGAGAUUUCAAAACAACGUUAAAGGACGGCCAAUUGCCAAUUAUUUAGUUUACUGUGAUAUUUUGUAUCGCCUCAAGAGGAGGAGACACUAUUUGAAUUUUUUGUUUGAGGCAACAAAGCAUCUUGGAGCUUCUUGUUAGGGCAUAGCUGUCAAUUUUUAUCUUGUGAGGAAUCCUAUUCGGAAUAAGGGAAUUUCCCCUAAAAAAAGGGAAAUGUUGACAGCUAUGUGUUAGGGAAGGGAAGGAAGGUAUUUCUUUACCUUCGACUCCCCCAUUACAGACACACAGACGUAGCUCUUAAAUAGGACUGUAUAUCACUCGCCUCUUUCCCCGAUCUCAUCCCCUCAUAUCUGUGUAACCACUUAUCUUUUCUUCUAUUUGCAGUCAGGAAUCUGACCGACCCCAAAUGUCCACUGCGGAAGAAGAAUUUUACAAUGCUGACAGGGCAGACGUGCCAGAAGAACUGUGAGCGCCGCAGGUGCUCUAAAAGCAGGAAGUGUGAAUGUGACGGGGAAUGUGGAAUGAGCUGCAUUUCUACAGGUAGAAACUUGACCACCUAGUCCACACACAGGAAUAUUCACAGAAAAUCCAGGCAAUUACAUGCUUCCCAGUCCUUCCUACCUAACUCUGCCCUAGCCACUUUAUAGAGAUUUCAGAAGUGCUCCGUUACCAGAAAAAAAAUCCUUUAAACCAGUUUCGAGAACUUGAAACUUCUGAUUCCCAAAUUCCAAACUUCAGCCAUAUAGUCUUCAUCCCCCAUUCCAGAAGAACCUAAGAUUUGUAGUUUUAUGUCAGUUUCAAGAUAUGUAUGUGUUUGUUUAUAUACUGAAAGUUGCUUUGAGUUACUUUGGUUAAAAAAAAAUUCAAUAAAUAAUCAAUAAUUGUUCCCAGAUGCUUUUCUCCUCCCUGCACAUCUCCAAUCACAUUCCACUUGCAAUGAUCCCAAGACGCUAGGUCAUAGCCUCUCAUUUUUCCUUAUGAAACAGGUUUCAUUCCUCUUCUGGCUCCCAUAACUCCAAAACACCACCUAGCCCACAUUCACCAUCCCAUUAGGUGCGAAGAACUGUUUUCUAGUAUUCCCAGCCCUGCUCUAGCAUCUAGCCUUCCAUUUAUUCCUUUUCCAGAGGAGUCCUGGCCUCCAGAUUCCUUAACCCCUCCUUUGCCCCAUUUAAGAAAAUUCAAUAUUCCUGAUUGCCAGUUCCCUGUUGCUUCAACCUACUACACCCCAAAAGAUCAGAACUCCUGGUUUUCAUCUCUUUCUGUCCAAUAGACCUUCUGUUUCCUCACAAGAACCCAGCAGUUCUUCUUCCAACAUGGCUCACUAGACCCUGAGAAUCCAGGCUCAACUCUUUCCCACAAAAUUCAGGGUUCUCAUCAGCCGCCAUCUUUCUUUCUGUAUUCUUCCAAGGCUUGAGGUGUGCAUGGCCGGUGACAAUUGACAAUGCUGAGACACAGCUGGUCCAGGAAUCCACUAUGUUUGGGGACUUAAUGGAGGUGACAUGCAAGGCUGGAUUUCUAAUGGCUGAUGGGCAGGAAGUGGCAAUAAGUCGCUGCCAAGGAGACGCGAAGUGGAGUUUCACUUUACCCUGUGAAGGUAAUCAACCAUUUCCUACCAUUGUCAUCAAUAAUUACCAGGAGGGACCAAGCUCGCAAGCACCUCUUAUUCAAUCUAGAACAUCCACUGCUAACCCUCCACCACUACAGUGCCUCCACCAGGUGACAAACAAAAUCCAACAAUUGGUCUAAUGCACCAAGGAUACAGACUUACCAAGCAUUUUUUUUCCUCCCCCUUCCUCUUCUUUAUCAGAUGCUCUUAACCCACCAUCCCACUGCAAAUCUCCACCAGAGAUCGAAAAUGGAUCCCAUGAAGGGGGCCCUUACAACACAGGAAGGGAAGUGCACUACUGGUGUGACUAUGGGUAAGUCAGUUGUUCAGGUUGUGAGCCUGAGGGCAGGGACUGUCUUAGAACUGAUUUGUUCUAAGUGGCUCAGAGAGUCUUUCUGGGCUAAAGAGUGUGUUAGAAAUGAUGUAAAUAAAACUAUCCUCAACUCCAUCACUUACUCCAACACGCUGAUCAGCAUACACAUCCCAUUUAAUUUAAUUUAAUUUAAUAUUUGUGGCGCUUAGGGCUUGCCGAUUGGAAGGUCAGCAGUUUGAAUCCCCGCGACAGGAUGAGCUCCCAUUGCUCGGUCCCAGCUCCUGCCAACCUAGCAGUUCGAAAGCACAUCAAAGUGCAAGUAGAUAAAUAGGCACCGCUCUAGGGGGAAGGUAAACGGCAUUUCGUGCGCUGCUCUGGUUUCGCCAGAAGCAGCUUAGUCAUGCUGGCCACAUGACCCAGAAAAACUGUAUGUGGACAAACGUCGGCUCCCUCGGCAAGAUGAGGACCGCAACCCCAGAGUCGUUUGUGACUGGACUUAACUGUCAGGGGUCCUUUACCUUUAUCAUACCAUUCUUGUGCAAAAACACCACUGAGAGUGUCUGAACAUAUAUAUAUAAUGUUACAAUUUCAUAAAAUGAGGUAGAACAUUUACCCAAAAAGUCAGUCAGCUGUUUUUAAAAAGCAUAAAAACAUGGUCUGCCUCAAAAUAUAAAUCUAAUAAAUACUAUCUCAUAUCUGCCCUCAAGUGGAAAGCUACUGAAUACUUCCUUCUGGUUUCUUCUUCUUCCUCCUACCUCACAGAUAUCGCCUAGAGGGACCCAGCUCUCUUUUAUGCCAAGAGAAUGAGGAAUGGUCACACGCAGCCCCAACCUGCCACCGUAAGUAGUCAAGAUUAUUGGGGUGGGGGACCGAGCUUCUUUCUGGCCACUUGAUUAGUAUUCAGUAGUAUUCUAUUCCUUGGUAACACAGGUCCACACAUUUUACCACAUAUACCUCAAAUAAACCAGAAGAAACUCCACCUGGAAGUACAUUAUAAGUUCUGAGUCAAAGGCCAAGCAACUUCUGCGUUUACCAACCAAUAGGCUGAUAUAUCUAUCCAUUCACAUGCUGACCUACCCAAUAAAGCAUCCCUCAUCCUUCUAUAGAUCACUCCAUAUUUAUUUCUCUGUUCAUAAAUCCAAAUAAACACCCAUCCAUGAGUUCUCUAUCUGUACAUCUGUACAUCCUUUCCAUCCAUUUAUGCACACACACACACAUACUUACAAUACUUUUCUUUUUCUCUCCCUAGCUGUGACCUGUUCCCGACCCCCCAAUAUUGCUGAAGCAACCCUGGUUGCUGUGCAUCAGUCUGAAUACCCCGUGGGAACUGUCAUCUAUUACUUGUGUAACAAGGACUUCCUCUUAGAUGGCUCUAACCGAGUGGUUUGCCUGGAGAAUGGAAACUGGUCCCAACUACCCUACUGCAGAGGUACUUUCCUCCUAAUCCCCACUGCUUUUUACAUACUGACAAUUACUUUACCAACCCAUCCAUCAGAUUCCAUACCAGCAUCCCCAUUGUCUUUGCUGUUCCAGAUGGUGAAAAGCCAAUGGGUCUGUCAACCAUACUUAACAGGCUUUGUUUCUUACCCUUACCAGCCCGCUGUCCCAUCACUGCCAAGAGGAGCCGGAUGAUCUACCAAGGGCGUAAGCUCUGGGUCUAUGAGAUCCCUGAUGGUCUGGUUCAUCAUGGAGAAAUUGUCACAUUUUUCUGCCGUAGUGAGAACAAGACCUGCAGUUUUACGGCCGACAGCCAGUGUUUCGAUGGUGUGUUGAAGAUGCCCGACUGCUACGAUGGUGAGACAGAAAACAACCCUGCACAAAACAACAUUGGGUGUUAAGUUUUGGUAGACUGGGGGCAGGAGACUGGAACUGUUACAAAUAUUAUUGCUUUAUGCUCUUAGGAGGCAGGUCUCCACAAGCUAGUCUCUCUUGCAAUAUAUCUCAGAACAUUGAGCUCAUGACUGGUGCGGUAUGUGCCAUAUUCCAGGCACUGUCCUCGAUUUGGGGCUCCACUUCCAGAUUUCAUUGUGGAGAAGUUCAGUUCCUCAUUAAAACGAACUUGAAGUCUGACAAGUAUAUAAAAAAAUUCAUCCCUCUAACACCAAAAUUGUGCAAUCAGCAUGCAAAGGAACCGAAGUACACUUGAGUAAUUAACCGCAAUUAUAGAACCGUUCGUUUCUGAUCAAAGAGCUUGAGAUGGGAUUGGGAAAUGCAUAGCAUAAAAUCUUAGUAUUCCUAUUUUAGAUAUUCCGCUAGCUUCACAGAGGAUUUGCACCACCCCCUGUUUGAGGGAUGGGGGACCCAUACAUAGUCAAGAGGGUCCAUUUUCAUUAAAUUCCAACCCUCAUUGCAAACAGCUUUGCUGAUUCCCUUCUCUUUCUUCUUACAGAGCCUACCUAUCUGCAAUACCACCUGUUCCCCAAAAGAGUUGUAUCUGAAAUACCUGCUUGUUGAGCACACCUUCAACCCAUACAUUCCCCAAUGAGAUGCUUCCUUCUCUUCUUGUUCUGGCUCAGCAGGCCUCUUGGAAGUGCAGAAAAGACAGAUGGAAAAGAGGCAAUCAACACAAGCAACUAGGAAACCAGCCACAUUUGAAACAGAGAUCGGGCCUGGGAAUUUAAGUAUCCUUAUGGCCAACAGCUAGCUAUUUUAUUGUACUCUAUUUAUUUUCUAUCUUUGUUGCUCCCCAGAUGAGCAAGAGAUCCCUUUCAGGUCAUAAAAACAUGCAAGUCAAUUUCCUAUGUACCCCUUGUUUUUCUCCAUUCAUCAAGCUGUAUGGCUGGAUUGACAAAUCAGUGCCAACAUGAUACCACUGGAGGGCUUUUUAAACAUGAAGGCAGUUUCAUGCAGUAGUUUUUAUAUAGGGUGUCAAGCAUUCAGUACACUUCACAUAAAUUAAUUGCAGUGAUCCUACCAAUAGCCCUGGAAGGUGAGAUUUGAAUUAUCCAUUAUAUACGAGGGGAGGGCUGAGUCUGAGUAAACAGUGAAUGGCUAAGGUUACCCAGAGAGCAUAUGUGGCUCAAGGAAGUUAAUCUGUACCAAGGACUUCUGAUCUUAUACAGUGGUACCUCGAGUUACAUACGCUUCAGGUUACAUACACUUCAAGUUACAGACUCCACUAAUCCAGAAAUAGUACCUCGGGUUAAGAACUUUGCUUCAGGAUGAGAACAGAAAUCGUGCUCUGGCGGCGCGGCAGCAGCAGGAGGCCCCAUUAGCUAAAGUGGUGCUUCAGGUUAAGAACAGAUUCAGGUUAAGAACAGACCUCCAGAACGAAUUAAGUGCUUAACCCGAGGUACCACUGUAUUGCAGUUCAUAUCUUACGAAUUAUGCUACACCAGCUUUCUGUAUGCUUAGAAAAUAUUCCUCCACCACAAAAGGGAUUGUAUUCAAGUAAAUUAAAAAGGGGAAGGAAAAGAGUUUAAAGUUGCAAUCUUAUGCAUUCUUACUUGGAGUAAACAUAAAUUAACUUGAUGAGGGAGGCUUACAAUGCAGUCCUACACAUCUCAUCAGAAGUAUGUCCCAUUGAGCUGAACGGAGCUUACUCCCAGGGAAGCUGAUGUAGAACUGCAGCCUUCUUUCUUACAACUCAUCCAUAGAACUGAGCUGUGCAACAGGCAAAAAAACUGACCAUAUCCUCAGAUUGGUGGUGCUACAGGAAGCAAGGUGAAGCCAAUCGUAACAAUGGGCAGGUGCAACAUUCGUCCCAGGCCCCGAGGCCUUGUGACAUGGGGCUGUGUAUGAAGAGAAUGGAAACAUAAGGCAACUGAAAAACAAGCCUGGAAUGAGGUUUACAGCUGAUGCUACUGAAUACUCGUGUAAAUUGAUUUGUACAUAAUAAACUGCACUUGUUAUACAACA